AUGUUUGGCCAUUAUUUCAUAGCAAAUUCCAGCAUCGCCUUGAUGACUGCAUUAUACGUACGAGGCACCAACGAAAGAGCUCGCCAAUACCGUCGUAAUAUCGUGCGAUACUGCCAGCUCACUCAGGUCCUUGUUUUCCGUGAUUUGUCAAUGAAAUGUCGUAAGCGUUUCCCGACGCUCGAUACCGUUGCUGCAGCAGGGUUUAUGAUGCCACAUGAGAAAGAGAACUUCGACGGAAUACAGUACAACUAUAACAAGUACUUUUUACCGUUCAAUUGGGCAUGGGCCUUGAUUUAUCGAGCGAGAAAGGAGGGACUAAUUGAGAGCGACUACUAUGUCACUAUACUUUCCGAGGAAGUGAAAAAGUUUCGUACUGACUUGGCAUGGUUGUGUAAUUAUGACUGGGUACCGUUGCCGAUGAUUUAUCCGACAAUUGUCUGUCUAGCCGUACACACCUACUUUUUGGUAGGAGUAAUCGCUAGACAAUAUGUCGAAGGUUCAGUUUACGAAAGCGAUAUGAUAGAUAUGGUCUUUCCAUUCAUGACCAGCAUUCAAUUUGUGCUCUAUAUGGGAUGGUUGAAGGUUUGUUGA